ACCAAGCUAAAAAACAAUCCCGAAAAAAGCUUAGAAAUUGAAAAGAAUACUUACGAAGCUGACAUUGAACACUCUAAUUUCCAAAAAAAAAAAAAAAAAAAAACGUCAGUGAUAGUGACAAAUGACAGUUUAAGACCCAUCGCUGCUUUUGCCAUAAGCCAAAUCAGGAUUUUAGAAAAACCACGGAGUCCUGGGUCGAGGGGGGAGGGACUUGACCGGAAGUGGUAUUCUUCCACAUGAUUCAAUGUACAAUAUGUCGGAUUUGGCCACGAUUAAUUGUGCUCUGGCGCAAGAAUUUGCAGUUUUAGGUGGAAAUAUCGAUCGUAGGAUUUUAGUUUCCUGACUAAACGCGAUCUGAAGCAAUUUAGAAAGCUAUUAUAAUAGGUAGAUGGUAUUAAAAACACUUUUUUCUUUCCAAAAAGCUUUUUAAAAUUAAACUCCAACUUUAUUAAAGUGCCAUCUGCUUGUGUCACUCAUGACUCACGAAUUGCUUAAAUGAGGAUAAAUAUUGUAUUCAGAGUUAGUUUCAUCUCCCUAUAACAUGGCGCUAACAGUUGUGGACGCGCGUUUCGUAUUUCUUGUGUUUUAUCUGACGGGAAAGACGUCCCAGCAGAGCUGCCCCGCUAGCGUCAGCUCCGAACAAGGCGUCGCCCUUCUGGGUUCUACGUUUGAGUCCCGUUUUGCAAGUCAUUUUUGGGAGUGUAUUAGAAGUUGCAUUGAAGAACGACAGUGCUGGAGUGUCAACUAUCACUUGAGCUCUCGCCUGUGUGACCUUAACAGCGAAACCAAAGAAAGGCAGCCUUUGAAACUCGCAAGAAGGGAUUUGUCCGUUUACUUGAGUGAUAAAAAAGCCGGAGAUUGGAAAGGAGUUGUGCGCUCGUGCAAAGACUUGCGGGAUCUCGCGGGUAACGCGGACCCCACGACAGGGGAGUAUUGGAUCGAUCCGGAGGCUGACAGGAGACUUCUGAGGGUUUACUGUGACAUGAAAACUAAUGGAGCUUCGGUGGCGAUGCCGCAAGCAGUCCGUCGGUCGCACCAUCGACAUCAUGACGGCCAAUAACAGCUCAGGAGCCAGCGUACUGUCCCACUUCUUGGACAAUGCCAAGUUUCCACGUCCACCGGACGCGUGUGGUUCGUUUGUCCGACUGCCGGAAGAUGACUCCAUUCUGACCCGGAACUGUGCCAAGUGGGGCACCAGUGGGAAGUGGAGCGAAACAUUCGUAAACCAUCGAGGUGCACUUUACUUCUAUCCAUUUUAUUUGAGAAACCAUGAAUUUUCAAAUUUUGAUUGCUGUGACGAUGCUCGGAGUAGCAUUCCAAACGCUAACGAUUUCUGGGAAUUGUACGUCCGUUGAAAGGUUUUUACACGUACUUUUUCUGUAACUAAGUAGUCUUAAUAACAUGUAAUGCAUUAUUGUAUAACCAUUAUAACAUGAGAAUAACGGUAAGGUGCGUAAAAUAAAAUCUUGUAACCC